AUGGAACACGGGCCGCAGAAAUUUCUUCAACUCUUCCCGUCCAUCACCAAACAGGAAGCCAACAUCGACUCGGGUUGGUCGUUCGCCCGACAAAACCGAGGAUUAGACGCGCCGCAGAGACGUAUCCCGAGUGGCAACUGCCACCAUGAUCAAGUCUUGUUCAGACUAUUGAGAGCGGGCGUCAGCUGGGGCGCGUCUGAUCCUGCAUCGCUCACGGUUCAGUUUGAAACUCUAGCCGAGGAAGCUUGAAGAAAAUAAAAGGAGACAUGCUAUGCUUAAUAUACUGUUGUUUCCUUCUUAGCACAAUCUGUGUCCCCUGCCUUUUCCGUGAAACUAUCCCCAGAAGCUUAUGUGAUGCGUUUUCUGGAUUACUUGGUCUGCGUGACUGCCUCUUGGCUAGGUCCGAAUCUGACACC